AUGACUUUGUUUAGUUGUGAAAGUGACUCUGCUGAACAGGCGUCAACAACUGCAGAUGAGGAUAAUGGUGAUUCAACUAGACAUUCCACUAGUGAUAGCGUUAAUGGGAGCACCACUGAUACGGACUCAAAUAAUGAAUUAUCAUUGACACCUUUUGCUACUAAAAAUAUGGUUCCAAAGGAAAUCAACGAAAAAAAGUAUUCAAAUGGAAUUUUUGACAAUAAAAAAUUGAAUCUUCAAAGUGACACUGAAACAAGAAACUUGCUUGAUGAUGUUGGUGAAGAUUUUGAUGAAGAUUACAAUUUAAAUUUGCAAGAAUCUGAAAUUGAAUUGGAUCCUCGUAUGUUUGAUUUAUCAGAAGAGCAACUAAAUUAUUAUACAAAUUGUUUUCUUUAUUUGAUGCAAAAAACACAAGGAUCUGCUUCAAUGAACGGCGCAAUUCAAGGUGUGGACAGAAUUGUACUUGAUUUUUUUCGAAAAAGUCGUCUUGACAAUCUUUCGUUAUCGAAAAUUUGGUCUUUAAGUGAUGUAAAUGAAGAUGGAUUUUUGAAUUUAAGUGAAUUUAUUAUAGCCAUGCAUCUUAUUGUUUUGCAUGUUAAGUGUAAUGUCUCUAUACCUGCCGAAUUGCCACAGUCUAUUCGCCUUUCAAACACCCCUACUAGAACCUUAAUUCGCUUUGAAGACGGAAUAUUUGGUGCAUUUCCGGAAAGCAGACCAAAUUCAGCAAUAAAUUCUUUUACAAAAUUUAUACCUGAAUGUAUCUCUUCAAGUUCUGAACCUUCUGUACACUUUUCGAAUAAUACAAUUGGAGGGAAUAAUUUAGUUAAAAAAAUUGUAGCAGACAUUCCAACAAGUACAAAGCAACAUUCAUUUUCUGAUGAUCAUCUUCAUUCUUCAGCGGCAACUAGACAUGAUGAAUCAAUUGCUAAAUUUUCUGACGUUCCGCCGCUUUUAGUGGAUGGCCAUCCUUUGGCUUUAAAUGUAGUACCAGGCUUGCCUCAAUUGCUUGCUUCAACAGCAAGAGGACCACCUCCACAACCUCCAUAUCGGGAUUAUAAUGAAGGAAAUAAAGGACAUGGAAGAAGUGUUAGUUUGGAUCUUAAAACUUUUUCAGCACUUUCGUCGUUUUUGAAUAAAGAUAAUAAACAAGGUUAUGAUAUGGUGGACUGUUCCAAAUCUGUAUUAUCUACAAUUGAAUCUUCACACACAGGAUUUGUAGAUAAAAGUGCCCAAACAGAAUUAAAUGUGAUUUCAACAUGUACACAAACAGAAAUAGAUGAUAUUGACGAUCAACUUCCCUUCUCUAUACAUAAUUUUAAUGCAAACAAUUUAACACCAAAAGAACGCUGUAAAGUUCUCCAACAAAUUAAUGAACGGUUAGAAAUGGAAAAGUUAACAUUGAUGCAAGUUCGACUGCAAGUUAAAUUACGGAUUGAAGAGGCAGAAGCAGAACUGAAACAUUUAAAUGAUAACACAAAUUCUGAUCAACAAAUAUGGGGUUUGAAGCCAACGGCUUUGUGA